CUCUAGUGCUGUAAGGUUAGUAUUCAUGUAUGCAUGUUACUCUGACAGCAUUUUGAUAAUGGAUAGGAGGAUUGGAAUUCCUAAACAUCCGAAAAUAGAUACUGCAAAAGGUCUUACAUAUAGGAUCUGACGAGAAUGGAGGCUGACGCCUCAUGAGGUAUUUAGGGAUGAUAGUCUAACCAUACAUAAGUCCAUCUAUCUAUAUCCGAUGCUCAUCAACGACAAAGUACGACCAAUAUUCGAAGCAUAUCAUGACGGCGCAGGAAAUUGACGUUUUAAUCGUGGGAGGAGGACCAACGGGCGUAACAUUAGCGCUAGAGUUGGCUGUUCAUAAAAUAUCAUUCCGCAUCGUCGACAGGGAAUUACAGAGAUCAGACAAGUCUAGGGCUUUAGGUAUUCAACCACGCACCCUAGAACUUUUAAAUCGGCACGGCGAUGUUCGGAAACUCGUCUCGCAAGGAAAUCUAAGCAGCGGUACUACUUUCUAUCUUAACGGAAGGAAGGCCGCGGAUAUCGAUAUAUCGGGUCUCGUAGAAGACUCGGUGUUCCCCCUCAUACUCAUUAUUUCUCAGUGCGAAACGGAGGCCUUCUUGGACGCAUGUCUUGCGAAGCAUGGUUUCGCUGUCGAGCGAGGUCUCGAAGCAACGUCUAUCGUUCAAGAUCCCACCGGGGUCACUGUGAAACUAGCCAACCGAGAUGGUGCUGAAAAAGCUGUCCGCGCCAAGUACGUCGUUGGUGCCGAUGGAGCACACAGCAGCGUGCGACGUGCUGCAGCGGGCCUUACUUUCCAGGGUGCGGCCUACCCACAGGACUUUAUCCUCUGCGAUGCCCACGUGAGGAACUCCAAACUAGCCUGGAACCGAUUUUCUCUUUGCUUGGGCAGGGGGUCUCUUGCCGUAUUCCCGCUGAAAGACGGUACAGUUCGAGUUGUAGUGUCCCGCAUAAACCCCAAGGUGGAUAUCGAACCAACAUUACAAGACUUUCAAGAAAUGUUGAAUCAGCUCCAUCCAGAUGCGGGUGAAUUAUACGACCCUACUUGGAUUAGCCAGUUCCAUCUACAUCACAGGGGCGUGAAUAGCUACCGCGACGGUCGUCUAUUCGUCGCGGGCGACGCAGCACAUAUACACUCCCCCGCUGGAGCUCAAGGCAUGAACACCGGCAUACAAGAUUCCAUAAACCUAGGAUGGAAGUUAGCCAAGGUGAUACGGGGCAAGCGACCAGAUUCGUUCCUCGAUAGCUACGAUCGCGAACGCCGUCCGAUCGGCCAGCAUUUACUUGAAACUUCGGAUAAAAUGUUCACCUGGGGUUGCUCUUCUAACCCCUUUUUCAUCUCCUUCCGCAAUCUUCUAUUUACGUGGGUCUUACCUUGGUUUGUCAGCAGCCGGGAUCGUCGUGCCAAUAUCUUCAAGUUCAUAUCGGAAUUCGGUAUCAACUACAGGGACAGCUCCGUGGUGGGUACGGCAUCGGGGUACUCGGGGCCGGUGUUGGGGGGCGACCGUGCUCCGGACAAGAUGAUUAAAAGCGCGGGUAAGGAAAGGCAAUUCCUAGAGCUUAUCACGCCAGAUACGCAUCAUCUGGUACUUCUUUCAGGGGUUGGCGAUGAUGCUAUGACGGAACAGGCCAUACUAGAAGUGCAGUCAGGUUUUGCGAAUAAAAACUCGGACGAAGCUAAAGUGCACUUGAUCCUCGACGAAGCAGCUGAUGGAACCAGUGUUUCUGGGCAUAUCGAUCUUGGAAACCGUUUACAUGGUCAGUUCGGUUGUUCCAAGCCUUCUUACGUCUACAUUCGACCAGAUGGUUAUAUAGAGCAUAUUGGACUCUUAUCGGAGUUCCAGGCCCUAUUAGGAUGGCUCAAGUGAAGUUGGUUAAGUCUAAGGGACGGGUCGUUAUUU